UGGGCCCAGGCCGAGUGCAGAGUGCGUGGAAGGUACGGCGGCCGCGCUACGAGGGCCGGGACCCUGUGGCUGGGUGGCUAGGAGGGCGCAGCCGAGGCAGGCGUGCCAGCAGGACAGAGCCGGCACGCUCUUGGCUCUGUCCUGGCCUCAUUCUUCCCAGCAGUCACACCAUGAACACCUCCCCAGGCACAGUGGGCAGUGACCCCGUGAUAUUGGCAACCGCAGGCUAUGACCACACUGUGCGCUUCUGGCAGGCCCACAGUGGAAUCUGCACACGCACCGUGCAGCACCAGGAUUCCCAGGUGAAUGCACUGGAGAUCACGCCAGACCGUAGCAUGAUUGCCGCUGCAGGUUACCAACAUAUCCGUAUGUAUGAUCUCAACUCUAACAAUCCCAACCCCAUCAUCAGCUACGACGGAGUCAAUAAGAACAUUGCAUCCGUGGGCUUUCAUGAAGAUGGCCGUUGGAUGUACACAGGCGGGGAGGACUGCACAGCCCGCAUCUGGGACCUCAGGUCCCGGAACUUACAGUGUCAGCGCAUCUUCCAGGUGAACGCACCCAUUAACUGUGUGUGCCUGCACCCUAACCAGGCAGAGCUCAUUGUGGGUGACCAGAGUGGUGCUAUCCACAUCUGGGAUCUGAAGACAGACCACAAUGAACAGCUGAUCCCUGAGCCUGAGGUCUCUAUCACAUCGGCCCACAUCGACCCUGAUGCAAGUUACAUGGCGGCUGUCAAUAGCACUGGCAACUGCUAUGUCUGGAACCUGACUGGGGGCGUUGGUGAUGAGGUGACCCAGCUUAUCCCCAAGACCAAGAUCCCAGCCCACACACGCUAUGCCCUACAGUGCCGCUUCAGCCCAGAUUCCACGCUCCUUGCCACCUGUUCAGCUGAUCAGACAUGCAAGAUUUGGAGGACGUCCAACUUCUCCCUGAUGACAGAGCUCAGCAUCAAAAGUAGCAACCCCGGAGAGUCAUCCCGUGGCUGGAUGUGGGGCUGUGCCUUCUCCGGGGACUCCCAGUACAUCGUCACAGCUUCCUCUGACAACCUGGCUCGGCUCUGGUGUGUGGAAACUGGAGAGAUCAAGAGAGAGUAUGGUGGCCACCAGAAAGCUGUUGUCUGCUUGGCCUUCAACGACAGUGUGCUGGGCUAGCCUCUGCCCCAUGGGACUGCAAGCAGCUCUUGGGCAGUCAGGACUACCUGGCACAAUGGCUUUAAGUAGACAUCUCUACCCAGCACCCUGGCCUAGUUAGACCGUCAGGUCACCCUCUGCCCACCAUGCCAGCUGGACCCAACCAGGCUACCCUGGACCCCUCUUGGCCAGCAGAGGCCUGUCAUGCUGCUCCACCCUGGUUCUCUCAAUGCCCAGCUGCUUGUUAGGAGACCCACGGAGCCAGGCUAUGUGUGCCUGGGCUGGGAGAGGCUGUUCUUUCUUUGGAGACACUGGACCUACGAGGCUUGCAGCUGCUGAGGGAAUCUGAGCACACAUGCAAGUCAUGCUCCCCUUGUACCCCAUUUCAGGUCCCAAGGCCCCCAGAGACCAUGACCACGGCCAGGUGGAGGGGUUUAUUAGUUUCUGCAAAUAGUUGCCCUCCAUGGUGCUGAGUGAUCUGGCCAGCCCAUUGACCUGUAGAAACAAGGCUGGCCUGAGGGAUAAAGGACCAGACAGGGAACUUAGUCUGGGAGGUAAUAAAAGCAGACGGAUACGCAGAUAUUACUUGGGAAACAGAUGUCGAUGCAGAGAUAGAUCAGCCGUUGCCUCUGGGGUCCUGGGGGAAUAGAAUUUGUGAAUCACAAAGGACUCCCACCCAGCUUCCUAGGACUAUCCUGCAGGAGUCACAGGCUUCUCCACACUCACCCUCUGCUCGCCGGGCCCAGUAAAUGGGAGUCUUUGCACAAAGGCGCUGCACUGAAGCCCCCACCUGGGCAGGAUCCACAGCAUGGCCCCCAAGCACUGCCAGCAGCUCCUGGGCAUGGUGGGUGUCGUGGCCAAGUAUGUGGGACCCUUGGGCCUGUGGAAAGGCUCUGGUAGGCCACUGAGUUGUGCGCUCCCAUUUCUGGCUGGGUAGGCACUUUCAUCCCACCCCCACCUGACCUCCUCUUCAUCUGCUCUUGUCAGCAACCUCAGCUGGGGAAGAUAGAGCUUUCUGUCCCCUGAAACCAGAGCCUUGGCUGGGCCCUGCUGGGCUGCACACAGGAUCUUUUGUCUGGACCCGGCCUGAGGGACCAAGCCAGGCAAGGCUGCUCACCCUGGAAGUGUUCACCAGCAGCCGCAGGGUCUCCCAAUCUUGGGCCUCCAUCAGUUGGAGAAAGCAGGCCUUGUGCUCUGCGGGACGGUAACAGAUGCAGCCCUGGGGAGGCAGGUGGGUGAGGCAGGGCAGAGCUCUCCCUGACACCUACCCUUUGCCCCCAUCUCGGUCCACUCACACUCUGGCCAUCAAAUAGCACGGCCCAGCUGUGAUUGCUCUGCAGUGGAGUCACCAUGAUGGUCACCAUGUUCUGGGACAUGUCUACCAGGGUGGUUUGGUUGGGCCAGGGAAGCCGGGGGCUUGGGACCGUCAGUCGGAGCAUCUGUAACCAUGGCUGGGGGGCAGGGGGAAGAGGGUUGGCUUCGGCAUUUACUCAUCAUCUAAGUGGGGCUCCCCCCCCCCCCCGCAUUCUUUGGCCUGUGUGUAGACCUCUAAGGCUGGCCUCUCCAUGUCCCUAGGCCUGGGCGGCUCACCUUGGGAGGGCUGUGUGCAAAGCCCAGCACCCCUCCAGCCACAGCCCCUGCAGUGACCAAUGCCAGCAGCAGCAGCAGGCCUGCAGCUCUCCAGCCCCUGGGACAGGUUUCGGUCUUCACCUGGGGGCACAUUACUGUCAGCUGGGCCACUGGGGACAGGCACUCGAAGGAAGGGGUUGAGGCACGGUGGCUCUUGGUACUCCUGUCCUAGUCCCAUAGCAUCCGUGUUCUUACCCUGGGGCAGUAGAGGUACUCACCUCAGCAGGCCAGGGCCUGGGGCUCUCGGUGUGGCUGUGUCCUUGCUCCAUGCUGCAGACCCUGCUAGACAGUGUGCUCAUUGUCUGCCCUUUGAGUCAGCCAGAGAAACCUCAGGCCCUGUGAUGAGCCAAACAACUACCCUCCCCUCUGGACCCCACUGCUGGCUUCCUAGCCAGUAUCUGAUAUCCAAGUCAGAGCCAGGACAGCCCCCUCCCCCACCGUAAUUGUUAGUCACCAGGUGUGGCUCUGGAAACUUGGGUUUGUGCAAAAAGGAAAGCAUGGGGUCUGGGUGAGAGGGAGAAUGAAGAGGCGGUGGGAGGCCAGUCCGCAGGCUGGCUGGGGGACAACCCAUCAGAUGAUCUUGCCUAGUUGGGGCAGAUUGUUGUUUUUUAAAGAAUGUUACCUCCGGACUCAGCAAACUUGGCACAGGGAGCCAUUAAUAAAAGCCUGUUUAAAGAA